AUGGCUCCGUUCAAUCUGGACGCGUGUAUCGCCCAGCUGUUAAAAAAACAGCUACUUCAUGAAACAGUGCUCAAGGAAAUAUGUGAAAAGACCAAGGAGGUGCUGAUGCGGGAGGGCAACGUCGUGCACAUAAGCGCACCGGUCACAGUAGUUGGCGAUAUUCAUGGCCAGUUCUACGACCUUGUUGAGAUAUUCCGAAUAGGAGGAUACGCGCCGUCUACAAAUUAUCUCUUCCUCGGGGACUAUGUCGAUCGUGGAUUGUUCAGCGUCGAGACAAUCUCGCUCCUAACUUGCCUCAAGCUACGGCAUCCCAACCGUAUCCACCUUAUCCGCGGAAACCACGAGAGCAGAGCAGUCACACAGACGUACGGAUUCUACACAGAAUGUGUGCGCAAGUAUGGCUCGUCCUCUAUAUGGUCGUACUUUACGGACAUGUUUGACUACCUGACGCUGUCCGUCGUGAUAGACGACCGCAUCUUUUGCGUUCAUGGUGGACUGUCGCCCAGUAUACAUAGUAUUGACCAGAUCAAGGUCGUUGACCGCUUCCGGGAGAUUCCACACGAAGGACCUAUGGCAGACUUGGUGUGGUCCGACCCCGACGCCGAAAAGGAAGACUUUGCUAUUAGUCCGAGAGGUGCCGGCUAUACGUUCGGAUCCCAGGUCGUGCGCAAAUUCUUGGCCAUCAAUCAAAUGGCCCAUAUUCUGCGGGCGCAUCAACUAUGUAUGGAAGGGUACAGCGUUCUUUUCGACAACCAUCUGAGCACCGUAUGGAGUGCGCCCAACUAUUGCUAUCGAUGCGGCAAUUCGGCGUCGAUACUCGAGGUACGACCAGGUGGGCAGGGGCAGGAGAUACAAGAGGGAGACAUGUACUUCAACGUGUUCGAGGCUGCGCCCGAAAACGAACGUGACGGGCCUGGUCAGCAAGCGUCGCUCAACGCGGGCGGAAAACUUCCUGAAUACUUUUUGUAA